UCACUCCCUCAACUGCCCUCUCUAUAUUAAAACUUCUCACUCACCGAAGAAUCUCGUCCUUUGAAACCCCACUUCACUUACCAUGAGACCCGUAACACCGAUUCCGGUGCUGCUCUGCCUCACGGUAGUUUCUGUAAUCUUUACAAUCACUCCGGUGAGCGCUUGGCGUCCAUGGCCCCACCUAAAACCCAACAGCUCCGAUCUUCUCUACAGUGGCUCCAAGAAAUUCGAGGGCUCAUCAGAGUUCGUCCACUUGCGGUACCACAUGGGCCCAGUUCUCACCGCCAACAUAACCGUCCACACUAUCUGGUACGGCACGUGGCAGAAAUCACAGAAGAAGAUUAUCCGCGAGUUCAUCAACUCAAUCUCAGCUACCGAUUCUAUGCCCCCAUCAGUCUCUGACUGGUGGCGCACCGUACGGCUCUACACAGACCAAACCGGAGCCAACAUCUCCAGAACGGUGCGUUUGGGGGAAGAGAAAAAUGACAGGUUCUACUCUCACGGGAAAUCACUCACGCGCUUAUCGAUACAGUCCGUGAUUAAAAGCGCUGUCACGGUAAAAUCAAAGCCGUUGCCUGUAAAUCCCAAAAGCGGGCUGUAUCUGUUGCUCACUUCGGCCGACGUGUACGUUCAGGAUUUCUGCGGGCAGGUUUGUGGGUUCCACUACUUCACAUUCCCGUCGAUUGUGGGUUACACGCUGCCGUACGCGUGGAUUGGGAACAGCGCGAAACUGUGUCCUGAAGUGUGCGCUUAUCCCUUCGCCGUACCCGAGUAUGUCCCCGGCUUGAAGCCGCUAAUGUCACCAAACGGUGACAUAGGUGUGGAUGGAAUGAUCAGCGUGAUUGGUCACGAGAUAGCUGAGCUGGCGACCAACCCGUUGGUGAAUGCAUGGUAUGCGGGUCAGGACCCGGUUGCGCCGGUAGAGAUAGCGGAUUUGUGUGAGGGUAUUUAUGGGACAGGUGGUGGUGGUUCGUACACUGGACAGAUGUUGAACAGCCAUGAUGGCGCCACGUAUAAUAUGAAUGGGAUCAGACGGAAGUACUUGGUUCAAUGGGUUUGGAACCAUUUGGUAAAUUACUGUUCUGGCCCUAAUGCACUUGAUCAGUAGUUCUUAUUGUACUCUCUUAAGGGUUUUAUCUUUCUUUUUGCAAUUUUCUUUUUUUUUUUUUUUUGGGUUUGAGCUCUGUUGACUGUUGGAUGGUGAAUGAGGUUUGCUGAAAAAGUAGUUUGGUAAGAUAUGUAUAAUAACCUUCUCAUAUUCAAAUUAUAUGGUACAAUUUUAUAUUUUUCAUC